CAAAGACAUACCAGAAAUCUCUCUCCAAGUAUGUACAGAGGAAAGGCCAUGUGGGGACAAUGAGAAGAGAGCCAUCUACAAGCCAGAAAGAGAGGUCUCAUCAGAAACCAACCUUGCUGGCACUUUGAUCUUGGGCUUGAUUUGUAUGAGCUCCCAGACUGGAGCCAGUUUUGAAUGUAGAAAACUCCAGUUUCCCUUGAGAAAGACCACAGACACAUUGCCAAAAAUGUAUACUGUUCUUCCUCCCCCUAGCCUUUUCUAAAAGGAUCUAUAUCCUUUUACCAACAUGACUGCUCAUUAGGAAAAAAGAAAUAGAAUUUUCUGGGAUUACUAGGAGAUGACUCAAUGCUGGCAUUAAUUCCUAGAGGUACAAAGCAUCACUGCUGUCCACCAAGAAGACAGAGCAAAAGAAAUUCCUCAGAAAAUGGAUGUGAAGAGUGAAAAAAAGUGGAACCAGUGAUGACUUUGAGGAUUUUCUGCAGAACUGGAAGGAUGGAGUUGCCAUCAAGUGAAAUGGACGCUUGGCCUGGCCCGGGAGAGGCAUCUGAAAAGAAACCUGAGCGCCUGAUGAAAGCCUAUAAAAUGUGAUGCCCAGUCCUAGGAGCCUGACAAAGGUCCUCAGAGAGUGGGGCAACCAGAGCACCCAGAGCCGAUGCAGACCUGGGACAGGAUGGCCCACAGGUCUGCCCUGAGGCUGGGCCCUCUGCUCCUGCUUUCCCUCUGUGCAUCCUCCACUCCAGUCUCCCUCCUUCGGCGCUUGGGCGAGCACCUUGGACAGAUUCAGGACAGCUCCAGCCCCAGCCUGAGUUUAGGGCCAGGCGCUGUGGCCAUCCCCAAACAAGGGUGGCUGGAGCAGCCACUGGACCCCUUCAACGCAUCCGACACUCGGUCCUUCCUGCAGCGGUAUUGGGUGAAUGACCAACACUGGACCAGCCAGCGUGGACCCGUGUUCCUGCAUCUGGGAGGCGAGAGCAGCCUCAGGUCUGGCUCAGUGCUGAGAGGGCACCCUACAGCCCUGGCCCCAGCCUGGGGAGCCCUGGUGAUAGGCCUGGAGCACAGGUUCUAUGGCUUGAGUGUCCCCGCUGGAGGCCUGGAUGUGGCCCAGCUCCGCUUCUUGUCCAGCCGCCACGCGCUGGCGGACGUGGCCUCUGCCCGCCUGGCACUCGCCCGCCUCUUCAACGUCUCCGCCUCCAGCCCCUGGAUCUGCUUUGGAGGCUCCUACGCCGGCUCCCUGGCCGCCUGGGCCAGGCUAAAGUUCCCCCACCUCAUUUUCGCAUCGGUCGCCUCCUCCGCUCCAGUGCGGGCCACGCUGGAUUUCUCCGAGUAUAACGAGGUGGUGUCCCGAAGCCUGACGAGAACUGCCCUCGGCGGAUCCCCGGAGUGCCGGGCGGCGGCGUCCGCAGCCUUCGCAGAGGUGGAGCGACGGCUGCACGCGGGCGGGGCGACUCGCUCGGCGCUGCGGGCGGAGCUGGGCGCCUGCUCACCUCUGGACAGAGCCGAGGACCAGGCGGAGCUGCUGGGGGCGCUGCAGGCCCUGGUGGGGGGCGCCGUGCAGUACGACGCGCAGGCCGGGGUGCCGCUGAGCGUGCGAGGGCUCUGCGGACUCCUGCUCGAGGGCCGGAGCAACCGCAGCCGCUCCGCGCCCUACCACGGGCUGCGGCGGGCAGUGCAGGUUGUCAUGCACAGUCUCGGCCAGAGGUGUUUAAGCUUCUCCCGAGCAGAAACAGUGGCACAACUGAAGGUCACAGAUUCCCAAGUGUCGGGUGUGGGUGACCGGCAGUGGUUGUACCAGACAUGUACAGAGUUUGGCUUCUAUAUCACCUGUGAGGGCCCCAGGUGCCCUUUUUCCCAGGUCCCAGCACUGCCAUCCCAGCUAGAGCUAUGUGAGCAGGUGUUUGGGCUCUCAGCCUCAUCUGUAGUGCAGGCUGUGGCCCAGACAAACUCCUACUACGGUGGCCAGACCCCAGGGGCCACCCAAGUGCUCUUCAUUAACGGGGACACAGACCCCUGGCAUGUGCUAAGCAUAACACAAGCCUCAGGUCCUUUGGAGUCAGCCCUUCUCAUCCCAAGUGCUUCCCACUGCAUGGACAUGGCACCGGACAGGCCCUCAGACUCCCCCAGCCUCCGCCUAGGGCGCCAGAGCAUCUUCCAGCAGCUGCAGACCUGGCUCAGGCUGGCAGAGGAGAGCCAGGUUCGGAGUAGGGCCUGAGGGGCCCCUACCCUCGCCACUCCCUGCGUGGCCACCUCACCCUGGACAUGUUCACUGGACAGGAGAAAGCAGCUUGUUCUGAAAGAGGAAAUUCCCAAAAAUUGGGCUUUAGCACCUGUUCUGCAUGUAACUGACUUGGGUCCGCAAACAUCCUCGUCACUCCUGCCUGAAAAUGCUUUGUGACAGAGAGUUAUGUAACUAUACGAGGAGAAUUAUUCUCAUUGUGAAUAGUGGUAUUUUAUUUGAUAUUUUAGAGAGCAUUUUACUAAUUGUU